GCGCCUGCUGCGUUACCCGCGCCAUUCCUACAAGCGUGUGUUUCCAUCUCUCAUACAUUGGCAGAGCUUUAGCAGCCGCUCUUACAAGCACACACUCUGUUUUGUACCGGCAUUCUUUAGAUAUAUCCAGCUAUGGAUAUGGACAGUGCCAGUUCGGUGGUGCUGCAGGCCUUAACCCAAGCUACCAGUCAGGACACAGCAGUGCUGAAGCCUGCGGAGGAGCAGCUCCGGCAGUGGGAGACCCAGCCAGGCUUCUACUCAGUCCUUCUGAAUAUCUUCAAUAACCACAUGCUGGAUGUGAACGUCAGGUGGCUGGCCGUGCUGUACUUCAAAAAUGGCAUUGACAGAUAUUGGAGGAGAGUAGCGCCUCACGCACUAUCAGAAGAGGAGAAGACGUCACUGCGUGCUGGUCUCAUCACAAACUUCAAUGAGCCUGUCAAUCAGAUAGCAACCCAGAUCGCAGUACUGAUAGCCAAGGUGGCCCGUCUGGACUGCCCCAGGCAAUGGCCAGAGCUCAUCCCAAUUCUGCUCGAGUCUGUGAAGGGUCAAGACGGCCUGCAGCAGCACAGAGCGCUGCUAACCUUCUAUCAUGUCACCAAAACCCUUGCAUCCAAACGUCUGGCACAGGACAGACGGCUUUUCCAGGAUCUGGCGUCUGGCAUCUACAGCUUUGCAUGCUCCCUGUGGAGCCAUCACACCGACUGCUUCCUCCAGCAGAUCUAUGCCAGAGAUGAGGCUGCGGCGCUCAGCUCAUUGGAGAGGACCCUGCUCUCUCUUAAAGUGCUUCGGAAGUUGACAGUCCAUGGGUUUCAAGAGCCACAACAGAAUAUGGAAGUGAUGGGGUUCCUGAAUGCAGUGUUUGAAAGGCUAAAACAGUUCUUGGAAUGCUGUCGCCAGAUUGGUUCAGAUAGCACAUGCAGAGAAAAGCUGGAAAAGAUGAUCAUACUUUACACUAAAGUUUUGUUAGAUUUCCUGGAGUACCAUCCAUGUGCAUUUAUACCCCUUAUCCAGCGGUCCCUGGAGUUUGCCGUUAGUUACGUCUUCACUCCUGCAGGAGAGGGAGUGACCUUUGAGCGCUUCAUUGUUCAGUGCAUGAACCUCAUCAAGAUGAUUGUCAAGAACGAUGCCUACAAACCUGCCAAGAACAUUGACGACAGUAAACCUGAGAGUCUGGAGGCUCACAAGAUCAAGACAGCAUUCUUCACACACCCCACGCUGACAGAGAUUGGACGCCGGCUUGUCUCACACUACUUCCUUCUCACAGAGGAAGAGCUGGCAAUGUGGGAAGAGGACCCUGAGAGCUUUGCCGUUGAAGAAACAGGCGGCGACUCUUGGAAGUACAGUUUGAGGCCUUGUACGGAGGUAUUGUUCCUGGAUAUCUUCCAUAACUACAGCCAGACCCUGACACCGGUGCUGCUGGAUAUGGUUCAGAAUCUCCAGGGUCCAACCAAUGUGGAAGACCCGGUUCAGCUGCUGAUGAAGGAUGCAGUGUACAAUGCAGUGGGACUGGCAGCGUAUGAAUUGUUUGACAAUGUGGACUUUGACCAGUGGUUCAAGAAUCAACUUCUUGGAGAGCUGCAAGUCAGCCAUCACAGGUACAAGUUGAUUCGCAGACGAGUCAUCUGGCUAAUAGGACAGUGGAUCUCUGUGAAGUUCAAAUCUGACCUCCGACCUUUACUCUACGAGGUCAUUCUGACCCUCAUGCAGGAUCCUGACUUGGUGGUGCGGAUUGAGACAGCAACAACCCUCAAACUCACUGUUGAUGACUUUGAGUUCCGGACAGAACAAUUCCUCCCAUACCUUGAGUCUAUCUUUGGGCUGCUCUUCCAGUUGCUGCAGCAGGUGACAGAGUGCGACACUAAAAUGCAGGUGCUCCACGUCAUCUCCUGUGUCAUUGAGAGGGUAAACAUCCAGAUCCGGCCAUACGUAGGCUGCCUGGUUCAGUACCUGCCCCUGCUCUGGAAGCAAUCAGAAGAGCACAACAUGCUUCGAUGUGCCAUACUCACAGCACUUAUCCACCUGGUUCAGGGCCUCGGGGCAGAGAGUAAGAACCUGUACCCUUUCCUUCUUCCUGUCAUCCAGCUGAGCACUGACGUUUCUCAGCCGCCGCAUGUAUAUUUGCUAGAGGAUGGACUGGAGCUUUGGUUGGUGACUUUGGAGAACAGCCCAGCCAUCACCCCGGAGCUGCUUAGAAUUUUCCAGAACAUGUCAGCGUUGCUGGAGUUGAGCUCCGAGAACCUGCGUACCUGCUUUCAGAUUGUUAAUGCCUACAUAUACUUGUCUGCCACAGAGUUCCUGCAGAACUAUGCAGAAUCGUUGUGUCGAUCCUUUUGUGAUCUCCUGAAAGACAUCACCAAUGAGGGACAGGUCCAGGUUCUUAAGGUGGUAGAGAUAGCUUUAAAGGUCAGUCCCAUACUGGGAGCCCACAUGUUUCAGCCUCUGCUGCCAGCUGUCUUCAGAGGCAUUGUGGACGGCGAGAGAUAUCCCGUGGUGAUGUCCACCUACCUUGGCAUUAUGGGUCGCGUCCUGCUCCAGAACUCCAGUUUCUUCUCGUCUUUGCUCACUCAAAUGGCUUCUGAGUGCAGCCAGGAGAUGGACCAGUUGUUGGGCAGUGUGAUAGAGAUGUGGGUCGACCGCAUGGACAACAUCACUCAGCCUGAGAGGAGGAAGCUGUCAUCGCUGGCUCUCCUCUCCCUCCUACCAUCUGACAACAGUGUGAUCCAGGACAAGUUCUGUGGCAUCAUCAACAUCUGUGUCGAGGCGCUGCAUGAUGUAAUGACGGAAGAUCCAGAAACGGGCACCUUUAAAGACUGCAUGCUGAUGAGCCAUUUUGAGGAGCCCAAGCUAAGUGAUGAUGAGGAGCCACCAACUGAGCAGGACAAGAGGAAGAAACUGUUGGCUCUGGAGGACCCGGUGCACAGUGUUUCCCUCCAGCAGUUUGUCUAUGAAAAGCUGAAGGCGCAGCAGGCCCUGAUGGGGGACCAGGGCUUCGGGGUCCUGAUGGAGACUGUGGACACGGAGCUCGUCAGGCAGCUCCAGGAGUUUCUCCAAGGCCUCUAAAUUACAUCUCAGUCCUUCGCUACCUUACACAAACAUCUUUGCCUAAUGCUACCCUCUACCCCUCCUUUUUUUGAAAAUGUACUGGAAAGGCUAACAAUCUACCCGACACGUGGACUCCUAAUUCAGACCUUCCCAACCUCUGCCCAUGCUAUGCCUUAUCUAUAUUCAGCCUUGUCGACUGUCCUCAGCUAACCCUUCGUCCCCUUCUCUAUUAUCUGGUGUCUUUUACAUCUUUCUUUUUUUUCUUCGAAAGAUGGGAUUUAUGCGGGUGCUUAAAAAUGUCAAAAGUACAUCCACAUUUUUAAAACACUCACAUAAAAACAUCAGCACACGAGAGCUUCCACUCAAUUCUUCUAGUUUCUUCACUUUCUGUGGUUUUGAUGUGAAAUGGGUAGAAAAUUGGAGGAGUGGUAUUGAAAAAAAUUGUCGGAAGGGUUGUGGAAUAUAAAGCAAAAAUCAUCUGCAGGUGCCAGAGCAGGAGCCUUGGACUAUUUUUUAUGGAAAAACAUACAGAUUGUAGCAGAAACGUGGAUAAACCAAACCUGAAGGACCUAAAGCAGUGUUUACAGAAUCUAUUCUUAAAAGAGAAAAAAGAAAUGUAAUUUUGUAUGUAUGUAAAGUAUGGAUGAUAUUCUGCAUGACAAUAUUUUAAUUUCAGUUUGUUUUUACUUUGUUCAUUUCUCUUCCAUUUUUAAAAAAAAUAUAUAAUUUUGUCAUAGCUAGAGGUCAAGUUGAAGUAACUACUGAGAGAACUCAAGUGUUUUUCAUUCUUUUUAAGUUUUGGUUUGAGGGACUUUUUUUUUUUUUGACUGUAAAAUGGAUGAUUUUUAAAUGGUUGAUUUGUAAGAGUGCUGAACCACAUUUAUAUGUACAUACAUACUGCUGCUAAUUGAUGGUGUGUCGGAGCACUUUAAUAACCAAAAACUGUUUCUCAUUUUUUUCCAUCUUUUCACAUGAGUACACUUAAACACAGCGGUGGGAGGCCUCGGAGCAGUACAGCAGGAUUGUGCAAAUUAGACUGAAGUUGCAUUAAGACCCUCAUCAUGAAUUGUUGCCAUUUUUCACAUCUCCCUGCUGUUUUGUUUAACAUGUGGACUUAUUGCAAAUGUAAUAUGCCAUUGGCUCAUCACAAUUUUCUUUUUGAACAAAUUUGAUAAAUUCCAGUCUAAGUGGCCGUUCAAAAGCUUGGAUAUGUUUGAUUUCACUGAAGAACCAGUUUUUCUGAAAACUUUUAUUAUGAACAUAAAUAAUUAAUGACUGCAUAUUAGUACUUAAGUUCUUUAAUAGUUGAAUAAAUACAAGAGGUAUAGGGACAUGUUUCAUGCCAAAUAUGAAAUAUAGUUUAAUUUGAGACUCAUUUCUAAUAAUAUGUAGUUUAAUUUGGGUUUGAACUGAAAGUUUUACAGUAAUGUGAACCUAAACCCUGCCUUAGUAAUCUGUUCUUCUGGAAUUUAUGGAUUGUUAUGGUUCUCUCUCGUUCAUUAAGUUGGUCACCCUUCCUGGGGCAGAGAUCAUCCUGACACUAGCUCCUUUGACACUGUGAUAGAGUUGAGUAGCAGUCAGAGUUACAGCCUUAUGCUUUCAGCCUUACCUAUCCUUAAAACACACACAAAAAAACUUUGUACUAUUAUGUUCACUUCUUAACUAGUUUAACAUUAUAAGAUUUCUUUACUUCUGUUAAUGAUGGCUAUUAUGAAGUUUUGAACACCACGGACUGCAGAAGGAUGUUUUGGGGUUAUGCAAUUGGUUAUGUUUUGGUCGGAAAUAAUCCUUAUUGCGUUUUCCAGAGCCUUCAAUAAAAUGCAGUAAUCAGCCAGAAUAA